GAGGCAACAUGCUUGAUCUGAUCCGUUAUUGUGUACACGACCUACUCACGGGGAGCUGCGGGCUUUAAUGAUCACCAAACGCGCUUAUUAAACUGCGAUCGACCGAGCGGCGGCUUUGACUCCGACCACGACGCCCCGCGCGCCACGUUAUUUCGCGCAUUCGGCCGCGAAAUCGAUGCAUUUUGUGGCUAACAAACACAAACCACGUGGUUGCGCGCACACCACGCUGCUCACUCCGCUCCGGAGCGCAUCCUUGCGCGAUUUACCCUCACAUUGUCCCCAGUGUCACCCAGUCGCGCCGUGAAUGUGCCCCGCCGGGGGUAGCGGUCGUGCGAGCAGGUGUCACGCGGCGCGUGGGGGUCUAUUUUAGCCGCACGCGGCGUCGGGGGGUUGUCGAUUUCGCUCAGCGCGAGCCGAAGUUAUUGUGGGUAGUGCGGCCAUGCUUGUGGCUUGUGCUAAGAGCGACGAGGGGUCUGGCGUUCGUUUCCUGUUUGUGGCGCCCCGUUGUCGCUCGCCGCUCCGGGGGAAGCGCACAACUGCCGUGGAAAUGUGCCGCAUUCGACGCGGCGAUAGUUUGCGUGGGGUUUGCGCGCGUCCCGCUGGCGCUGUCGAGGCGCCUCCACUGCGUCUUUUCAUCUCGCACCUCUGCCAUGCUGCCUGCCGCAUUGUUGUAAUGGCGGAGGACACGAAAAGUCUGCUCAGAGCACGGGGGUGGUGCCGGGGACUGGGACCACGGCCCGAGCUCGUUUAUGCCGUAAACACACGCAUCCCCGUCGGCGUGUCUGCUAAAGGGGCGUUUGGGUUCCCGGGGCGCCAGGAAAAUUAAAAGCGCUGCUAUUAAUAAGGGGGUGUGUGUGUGUCGCGGAAGGCCCGUCGAUACGUCCGCAGCCCUGCGUGGUUUGAAGAGGGACGCGGAGGGAUAUGCUGCUGUUGCUGCUGCUGGUAGCCACGCGGGGAGUCUGGGUAGUGUAGUCCCAGCAAAAGAAACAAACAGAAAUCUGAAGAAGCUUAGCAAAUCUGGCUGAAAUUCCCUUUUAGUUUAAAUCUAAAUGUGUUUUCUGUACUAACCAGACUGACUCCUCAACGUAUUAUUGCAUUUCAAACAAAAGCUUUGACUAUUUGUUUGUCUGGUUGUUGUUUUUUCUAAACAACCUUGAUUUAGAUUCACCUCUAAAAACUAAAUGGCCAUUUGCUUUUAUUCUGAUUAGUUCUUUGGUGCCUCUGCUUUUGUUUUGGGCAUGACGUCACUGUGAAUUUGUUCCUCUAUAGUGAUUCUGUUAGUGUGAUUACGGUAAAGUCCCGGUCGUUCAUGUUUUGGCAGAGGGUGUGUGUGUGUGUGUGUGUGUGUGUGUGUGUGUGUGUGUGUGUGUGUGUGUGUGUGUGUGUGUGUGUGUGUGUGUGUGUGUGUGUGUGUGUGUGUGUGUGUGUGUGUGUGUGUGUGUGUGUGUGUGUGUGUGUGUGUGUGUGUGUCAAUGCACACACUCCUUUGCUCAUCUGUGUCUGCACAAUUGUUCCCAGUGUUUGCACUGAGGCAGCUGAGUCAGUACAGAUAAGCGAUUGGCUACACAGGGUCCCAGACGCUACUGAGCUCGAUACAGAGGACGUUGGAGGAAGUUGACUUAGAAUUUACCCUCUACAGAAUUAUGGCAUUUAUGUUGUUUUUCUGCCUUAAUUACGUCUUUUAAAAGGCAGGUAGAGAAAGGUGAUGCUCAUACGGUCAUAUGGUAAGCUGUGAAAAGUCAGUCCACUGAUUUCAGCAGACGCCCUGACAGUAUUAACCAAGAAAUUCAGAUGCAAAGCAACACCUGUAGGUGAACUGACAACUAAACUAAAGGAGGCUGAUGAAUUUACCAAGAAAACAAAUAAAAUCUGGCCAACAUCCCUCUGACCCCAGAGACAGCCCGGGACCAGGAGAGACGAAUUCGCAGAGAGAUUGCCAACAGCAAUGAGCGCCGACGUAUGCAGAGCAUCAACGCUGGAUUCCAGUCGCUUAAAACGCUGAUCCCACACAGCGACGGAGAGAAGCUCAGCAAGGCUGCCAUCCUGCAACAGACGGCGGAGUACAUUUUUACCUUGGAGCAGGAGAAAACGCGGCUUCUGCAGCAGAACAGUCAGCUGAAGCGCAUCAUACAAGAGUUGAGCGGUUCCUCCCCGAAGAGGAGGCGCGCAGAGGAGAAGGACGAAGGAAUCGGAUCACCCGACAUCCUGGAGGAGGAGAAAACCGAGGACCUGAAGAGGGAGAUGAUCGAGCUGAGGCAGCAGCUGGAGAAGGAGCGGUCCAUCAGGAUGAUGCUGGAAGAUCAGAUGCGUUCCCUGGACGCGCAGCUGUACCCAGAGAAGCUGAAGGCGAUCGCCCAGCAGGUCCAGGAGCAGCAGGCCCAGACGCAGAGCCUGGUUCGCCUGCAGCAGCACAAGCAGCUGGAGAGGGACCUGAGUCCAGCCCACAGCCCACAGGUGCUGGCCCCAGUCACGCCUCCUGCACCCACUCACCAUGCCACCGUCAUCGUCCCUGCACCUGUCCAGCCUUCCCAGCCUCAUCACGUCACCGUGGUAACCAUGGGCCCAGCAUCCGUUAUCAACACAGUGUCCACAUCUCGACAGAACCUGGACACCAUUGUUCAGGCAAUCCAGCACAUCGAGGGCACCCAGGGGAAGGCCUGCGUUGGCGAGGACGAUCAGCGGAGAGCCGUCAUCGUCAGCUCGGGUCGCGUCCUCUCUGACGCGGGCGGCUCGGACACGGCCUCAAACAGCGACGGGCCCGAUGACUGUUCGCUGCCCUGAGUCCACACGCGGCGUCUCACACUCCAUACACUCACAUACACUCAUACACACAACGGGCCCCGGCAGAUGAGGGGCCAAGGGGGCCACAAACCCACGGUUCUUUUGUUCAGUGGACAUUAUUAGGGCUGGUAGCUAGACAGAAGCACUCACCCCCCCCCCCCCCCCAACACACACCUUAAUAGACAGCCAGACUUUAUAGUUAGACACUCAUUCAUGCAGCCUCCUCUUCACUUAUAUCUAGCCCCCUACUAUCUCACUCACACAUACAAACUCAUGACUCUUUUAGAAAAGGUUAUUAGAAUGACUUCGCUGACUGAUCUACAAAUACUCUGUCAUCCUGAUACUAAGAAUUCAAAUGUUUGCUAAAUAUCUCCAUCAACCACCGGGACAGUUCCCUGAAGCCACGUGAGUGAUGAACGAACCAGAGCCGAGCUGCGUGGCGUCACCACCACCAAACACGGGAGCAUUUUUUAAGAUAAACCUCCUCUAAAACCCUCUCGUCUCCUCUUCCUGACCCACCUAGAGACACUGUGAGCUUACAAACUCGUCUCAAACUUACACCCUUUAGGCUUCUGGAAGAUGGCGACGCCCACCUUUCCACGUUUCCUUUCUCGGAGGCUCCCUCGGCCAGCGAGUUAAAGCGAUUGUACUGGAAAUUGAAAAGCACCGCAGAAUUUGAAAGCUGUUUUGUUGUCUUAUUGGUGCCCGCAGGAAAUGAAGUGAAGCUCAGGAGGAGAGAGUGCACUUACUGAUUCGCAACUCUAUUCUUUUUUUUUCCUUAUUUGUUUUGUGUGUUUAUUCGUUUGUUUGCCAUUUUUACUGGGCUGGGUUCCCAGUAAUUCCACAGAUUUGCCAUGUUCAGAUCUUUACUCAUGGCCUGACGAAACAGAAUCAGUGCUUUGGACCUUUCUUGACACCCUUCUUGGAAAUACAAAAGCACCUGGGUGGGAAAUAAGCUAAUCCGUGGGCACUCUCGAGUGAUUUCCACCACUGUGUGUGUGUGUGUGUGUGUGUGUGUGCGUGUCUGCGGCGGUGGCCGUGGCCCAGACUCUGGCAGUCUGCUACAGCGCCACCUACGCCUCGAACCUGAGGCACAGCACGCGCAGGCCUACAAACACCACUGACAUACAAUCACCUGUUUGCUCCAUCUGCAGGGCCUGCGUUCGGCCCUCAGCGGAGGAGUAUCGCGUCGAUGUCGGGACGUCUGUCGAGGCGUCUGUCGAGGCGGCCGCGCUCCAGAUAUGAGGAAACCCCCGGUGCACCUGUGUGAAUGUGCGGUGGAGGCGUCUGGGUAGAAGUCACAGGCUCUAUGCAUUUCCUGACGUAGACCACUCGUCCCUUUGCGCGCGUUUUGUUUACCAGGCUAGUUACACGUUUGGGCUGAGGUUCUGUUGCUCGACCGACGGUGAGACAUGAAGCUACUGUAGGAGAAGCAGCAUCUGGCCUUACCCCCAGCGGCGGGUACAGGGAGGCACUGUGUAGCCAGCCUUAACGUGUCUGAGACCUACCUGAACACUUGAUGUGGGCCAUUCGCUGGAAUCCCUCUCCUUUUCACCCUGUCCUUGCAAUCAGGCAUGUAAAUACCUGGUAUGUUUAAGUUUGUUUUAUUAUGUUUCCUAAAAACAGGUUGCUCGUUACUAAUUAAGUGCUCCUGACUAGUAUACAACAUAUGUCCUAUUACUUCUGGUUGGAUUUACAUGUAGAUUGAAUUUUCUUUUAUUAUAAAUAUUGCCAGAAAUGUAGGCAUAAAAAAAGUCAACAUUCCAUGAAGUUUUUCCCAGUCGGGUUCCUUUGUCCCAGUAUAAAACCAGUUUGUGACAUUAAGGGCUUUUGAGCUGUCCCGUUUAGUGACGCACGCCCUUUUUCUCGAAUCCCUGCAUCAGUGAAUAGAUGGAGCGUUGAACUGCUGGACAGAUUGUGUUGAGAUGAACACACCUCAUCUAUCAUGAUUCAUGUCAUAGAGAAACCCUUUAAAAAAAAAAAAAGAUUGAUGUCAGCUGCUCUGAAACGAGCCACGCGUCACGUUGAACUGGGACCUUUUCCCAGCGUUUAUCAUUAUCGGAGGUGAUUUCUGGAUGCAGACGAUGUAGUUCGCGUGCGCGGAGCGCUUUUCUCUCUGCGUUUGAUCGUUUUCUGCUCGGUCCCUGAACGGUUUUAUUCCCGUUUCGUUCUGUGUGUUUGGAAACGUUACGUUGGACAUAUCAGAUUGUCGGUUGAGCGCGUUGGGCCUGGGGAUAGUUAAAGGGGUCAAGAUUACAAAGCACUUACUGUAGUAUACUGGAGUUUGCCUCGUUCUUUUGUUUUAAAAAAUAAAAUAAAAUAAAAAAAGAAAGAAGGGGCAUCUCCUCAGCUGAAGCUCUUGAGGUUAUGAGUAAAAUACCGCACAGCUGUGUAUCCCCCACCCUUCAUAUCCAGUCCUACAUCUUGUCCUUUUUGUCCCUUUGCAUCUUAUUUUUGUUUUUUUGAAACCUUUAACGCUCUUUGUUUAUUGUCAGUAUCUCUUCUCUUCCUUCCUCCUCCUUGUUCUGUACUUGUUUUUGUUAGACCUGUCUGCGCAUAUGGUCAUCAAAAAGCUAUUUUGUUUUGGUUUUUAUUUUUAAAAGAAAUGUUUUGGGGAUAAAGAGGCUUGUGCCUUUGUAAAGACAGAAUAAUAAAAGUUUGUACUUUGUUUUUUACA